ACACCGGUAUCCCCGUUCCUGAAGCUGGCCACGUCCUUAUUCGCGUGGCCGUAUCUGGUACUAAUCCUAAGGACUGGAAGAUGCCUCUCUGGUGGCCAACAGACGGGACGCCUACCAAGCAAGGAGAUGAUAUCGCCGGAUAUAUCGAGGCAUUGGGGGAGAGGGUGAUGGGAUUCCACAAGGGCGAUAGGGUCGCCGCCUACGCCGAGUAUGCAAUCGCGCCCGACUACACGACCUUCCAUAUUCCCGCCAAAACCGGAUUUGAAGGGACGCGGCUAGAGGCGGCCACUAUUCCGCUGGCUGCUAUGACUACUGCACUCGGUCUUUAUCAGCGCUUAAAGCUGCCUCUGCCUUGGAAUCCGACCACUAAGCCUCUGCCUCUUAUUGUAUAUGGCGGCGCGACCGUAGUUAGAGCCUUUGCGAUUAAAUUUGCCCGGCUUUCUAAUAUCUACCCGCUUAUCACGGUAGCUGGCAAAGGCAGCACCUUCGUCGAAACUCUUAUCGAUCGCGAGAAAGGUAACACGAUAAUCGACUACCGUGAAGGCGAUGAAGUUAUUAGGGCAAAGAUCAAGGAAGCGGCGGGUGGGCGAUCGAUACACUACGCAUUCGAUGCGAAUGUCGGCGCGGUUAUGACCGCGCCUAGGGAGAUCACUACCAUGCUGUCGAGCGCGCAGGGCUGGUUCUCGCGACACCCGUAUGAAGUGCGCCCGGGUGGGUUGGCUAGACUUGAAGGGGCGUUGCAGGAUCUUAAAUCGGGCAAGGCAUCUGCUAUUAAGUACGUGGUGCGUAUUGGCGAGACGAAAGGGUUGAUAUAG